AUGGUCACCACCCCUUACUUUGUGGAAGAUGAAGCACAUUUAACCUUCAAACUACCUCCAGAAGAAAUGUCAGGGGAUGGGAUAGCCCAGAGAUGGGACUACACGCAGAUCAGCGUCCAGAAUUUGUCCUACAAGUGGACCAUCAGCAACUUCAGUUUUAUUCUGGAGGGAAUGCGGGGACACAUUAGAAGCCCAACUUUCUCAAUAGGAGCCAAUGAGAAAUGGUAUUUGAAAAUACACCGGGACGAGAUCAAUGAAGAAAGGACAACUUACCUGUCAGUUUACCUGAUGUUGCUCAGCUGUCCAAAGAAUCAUGUUUGGGCAAAGUUCCAGUUCUGGAUCGAAACCGCGGAAGGAGAGGAAACACGAAGUAUGAAGAGCCCAAAAGCCUUUGUGUUUGUGCCAUACUACAGCUGGGGAUUCAAAAACUUCAUUCGUAGAGAUUUCCUCUUGUCCCAUGCCGACUGGCUUCUCCCAGAUGACAAGUUCACCCUCCACUGCAAGGUGAGCAUGGCCCAGGACUCCUUUAGCAUCUCCGACCAGAACAGGAAGCCAGGGAUUCAGGUUCCCAAGUGCACACUGGCAGAUGAGCUAGGAGAGCUGCGGAAGAAUUCCCGCUUCACAGACUGCUGCCUGUUGGUAGGUGGCCAGGAAUUCCGGGCUCACAAGGCCAUUUUAGCAGCUCGCUCUCCAGUUUUCAGAGCCCUGUUUGAACAUGACAUGGAGGAGAGCAAAAGGAACCGUCUUGAGAUCCAUGACCUGGAGCCACAAGUCUUCAAGGCAAUGAUGGACUUCAUUUACACCGGAACAGCACCAGACCUGGACAGCGUGGCAGAUGCUGUGCUGGCAGCUGCUGACAGGUAUGGCCUGGAGCGUUUGAAGGUCAUGUGUGAGGAUGCCCUCUGCAGGGACCUCUCUGUGGAGAAAGCUGCCCACACUCUCUUCCUGGCUGACUUCCACAGCGCAGGGCAGCUGAAAACCCAGGCACUGGAUUUCAUUACAGCUCAUGCCUCUGAGGUCUCUGAGACCUCAGGCUGGAAGGCAAUGGUGGGCUCAUAUCCCAACUUAGUGGCUGAAGUAUACCGCUCCUUGGCUUCUGCUAACCGCCCUCUCCUGGAGCCCCCGCUCAAACGCCUGAAGAAUUCCUAG